AAAUGGCAGCGCUGAGACAGGAGCAUCGGUAUGGGCUCUCCUGUGGCAAAAUCAACAAAAACACCCCGAAUCAAACUCUGUACCACGUCAAACUCACUGACACUGCUAUCCGGACCCUCGAAGCCUACCAGAACCUGAAGGCAUCGCUAUCAAAUCAGCCAGCGAUUUGCUUCAAGGGGAGCCAGGGGUACAUAAAGAUCCCAACUCCAACUCCUGAAUCUCCCGAUGGAUUCAGAGUCUUCUCAUUCUACUUAUCCAGUGACAGCAAAGACAAACCUCAGUCCAGCUUCGACUGCAUUCACCAGUAUGUCUCGGGGGAGGGCAGGGAUCUCCUGGAGGGCAAGGGCAGCAUUCAGGACAAGAUCACGGUUUGUGCAACAGAUGACUCCUACCAGACAACCCGGGAGCGGAUGUCUCAGGUGGAGAAGGACAUCUGGAGCCGCUCAGCAAUUGAGAUCAAACCUGGGCCAAGUAAGUGCGUGAAGGUCCAGAGGAAGCAGGGUCUGGUAUCAGGCUCAGAUAGCAGCAACAAGCACUCCCCCAGCAACAAGAGGAGCCUGGUUCCUAGCCCUGUAGCACACCGGCCCUUGAGGGAUCGCAUCAUUCAUCUCCUGGCCUUAAAGGCCUACAGGAAACCUGAGCUGCUACUGUGGUUGGAGAGGGAGCGAGCCAGUCCAAAGGACAAGGCCGACCUGACCUCAGUACUGGAUGAGGUUGGCAAGCUGAAUCUUAAAGACCAUAGCUAUUCUUUGAAAGAUGAGCUCUAUAGACACGUCCACAGAGACUGGCCUGGCUAUUCAGAAGAGGAGAAGCAACUCAUCCAUAGGCUAUUGAUCAGGAAACUUCAGCCACUCCACAGUAGCCAGUUGAAGAGUCCCCAGUCCAACCAUUCAUUCCAUAAAACUCCUGGGGACUCUCCGUCACAGCUCAGUCCUGCCAAGAAUCUCUCAGCGAAACGGCCAUUAAUUUCUGAUCCACCCAACUGUCAAACCCCUAAAAAACAAAGACUAUUAGACCCCUGUUUGCCUCAGCAGUCGCCCUCUCGUGGAGACUACAGCACAAACGACGCUCGUAGCUCCUCAGGUCACAGAAACAUUAGUGCACAGAUUAAAACAGAGUUUGACAAAACCAACAAUCAUCUCCACUCAAGCCCAAACGGUCUAUACUCGCCACACAAGCACAGCGGGUCAACUCCUGUUCCCAAAGUGGAGAGGACAGGGCCGGCUCCCUCUGCCCCCAGCCCCAGGCCCCCCCACCCUGAAACCCCCCUUUGCACUGACCAGCAGCUCGCUAACGGCCAACAUAAAAAGAAACGGUCCAAAAAGCACAAAGACAAGGAACGAGAGAGAUUAAAACCAGACUGGAUAGAGACCAGUCCGGACCUGAAGCAGAACCAAGAAAAUCUCAAAGACCACAGGGGAGAGAAUACGCCUGUUGAUCGAACCACAGCAGAGGAGCUGCCGGACUAUUUAAUAAAAUACAGCACUAUAACAGCACUGGAGCAACGUCAGCAGUACAAAGACGACUUCUGCGCUGAGUACGAUGAAUACCGGGCUCUUCAUGACCGCAUCGGGGCUAUUACAGAGAUGUUUGUUCAGUUGGGCUCAAAGAUCAACACUCUCUCCCCAGGAACACAGGAGUACAAGCUUAUGGAGGACCAAAUACUGCAGAAGUACCGCAAGUACAAGAAAAAGUUUCCUGGUUAUCGGGAAGAAAAGAAGCGAUGCGAGUACCUGCACCAGAAACUGUCCCAUAUCAAAGGCCUGAUCACAAAUUACGACCGAACGCAGGAACUCUCCUAGUAAUUGGCCUCUACCCUGAGCGGGGUGUGUUAUGAAUGGACCAAAAGACUACUAAUGGACCCCAAAGACUGCCCAGCUGGGUCCUGAAGUCACUGAAGUACUACUCACUUUACUCCUCCCAGCAUCGAUGGAAUCGAGGAGCGAGGCUGAGACCACCGACUCGUGAUCAAACGUCGCCCUUUGACAUCUUGGAUUCCACCGGUGAUUAUUGCUGUAAAGGCUGGAUACGGACGUAACGCGAUGAGAUGGUAGUGAAAAGAAAGUGAAAGCCAAAUGAAUUUGAAACGCAGAAUAGAUGUGAUCCUUCCUGCCUAUAUCAAAUUUAUUCUAUCCUUUAUUUUGUCACAACUAAAAAGCAUUGAUUUGUUAGAAAUAUUAAAUUGAUGGUACAAUCAUUCUUAGAGCAAAACAAAUGCUACUAAAGUCUUUAUAUUUAACACACAUAGGAGUUUUUAAUAGGUUCCAAUGAAGUCAAAAGUUGACCAUUUCAAUCAUAUCAAUAAUAAUUUAAAAAUAAAACACUAUGAGUGACACGACCUGUGUUCAGGACGUCAGUGGGAGUUUAUCACGUAGCUUCCUUCCAUUGCCCUGCUUCAUUUCUAAGAAAUGUUGGAAUACAACAAAACCACACCUGCCAGUACUGUUAUACUGGUUUCAAAUAUUUCACACACAUGUAGCCUACCGUGAAUUGCCUUUUCAUUACGUGAUGAAACAAACAUUAUCAACUUACGCUUCUCUCAAGUCUGGUUACACAGUGCAUACAGUACAGUAAUCAUGCUGUAUUUUUGCUUGAUUAAUAAAACAUAAUCACUCUACAUGCAGUUUUAAAAGCUUACAGGGUAUUUAUUUUGGUGAUCGAUGUUCACCUGCUUUGAUUUACUAUUAUUUUACUUUUUUGGAUGAUGUCUUGAUGGUGUUUAAUUUGGGAUUUGGUUGAAUGAUCCACUUAAUAGGAUGUGGAACUUUCCGCUGAAUGUGACAGAUAUGCCUUUAUCAAAUCGGACUGUAUUUGUAUUUUCGUAGCCCCGUCAACAUGGGGUUAAUGGCACUGUGGCUCCAUCACUCAAACCACUUUGGUUCUGGAUUGGUUCUGGUGGGAGGCGGCCUCACUUUAGAAUUUCUGUACCACAGCAGGUACACGUCUAUAUAACCACAACAUGUCAUUUUUCCUCACCUUAAUUAACUGUGGCCUAUUAAGUAGGGAAUAAUGGUCAGUUUUCAGUGUUUCUGGACAUUUGCAUCUGUAGCGCAACUCAUAUAAACACUGUUUAAAUUGGGAGAAUGAAGCUAAUAUUUGCCUUAACAUGUAUGUCAGACAUUUCCAAAAUUCUGAUACCCAUGCUCUGAAAUGUUUGUGGUUUAACCUGCACAGUUCAAAGCAUUCUCAGACAGCUAGUUUAUAUGUUUUAGUUUAAAGGAAGAUUCAGUUCUUGGAUACCUGUGCAGCAGUUUUCUGUGUUGUUUUUCUUUACGUGCAUUGGAUUCAGCUUUUGUUUCAACUGUGUUUUAUCUCACUGUGCAGCAAUUGAAUUCAGUUUGUAACUCUACCAAACACCACUAUCAAAAGUAAGAGCUCUGCAGAACUCUACGGAUAAUGUGAAUCACUUGUGCUGAUUUCUCAGUGUGAGUGAUCAACGGGCUUACUGUCACAUAUUUAGCAGCUUUUGUAUUGAAGUUUUUAAUGGGUAUUCUGGGAUGUGUGAAGGAUUCAAGCAACAGUUGCUCCAUCUUGGCACAUACACACAUCUCAACAAAAGAAAUAUUUAUUAAAGUCCAGUUUGAAGCAGUAAUAUCAAAAUAUAUUAUUCUGGCUGUUUGGGUGUCUGCAUCUGAUAUAGCUUUUUUUUCAGGGUUUGUAUUUUUUUGUAUGCCCUUAAAUGUGCCGAUGAAUCUGAAUAACCUAAAACCUGUUUUGGUACUGGAUCUGGAAAUCAAUGGUGCAUAGGUUAUUUGUCUUAAAGAGCACAUGGCCUGCUGAGAUAUACAAAAUAAUGUAUUUCUGUUUCACAAUGCAAAAGGUACUUCUAAAUUAUGGCAAUAUCUACAAAAAUAUUGAGACCGUAAGACUAUGGGUGUGAUAAUAGUUGAUCAACUGUACAAUAGAUAUGUAACUGUACUAACUGCAUUACAUCAGUGAUGCUCCUCUGCCAAUAUAUCAGUAAAUAACUGUUGUAUGAAAAAGAUAAUCAUGCCAUUCCUGUGAUUUUCUUUCUUUUUGUUAAUGGUCUGUUCAAGUGCUAACCAUGGUUUUCUUCAACUGUUGCAGAAGCUAACUACUGUCGGUGCCUUCCCAUCUAGAAAGUAGAGUCACUCUAUGUGUAACUAUCAUUGGUAUUCUGGGAAAAAAGAAGAAAAAA